AUGCGCCUCUUCUCUGUGAAACGAAACGAACAUAUCCCUGCAGUAUUCCACAUAGAUUUCACUGAGUUUGCUACCAAAAUGUCAGCUGAGAAAAAGGAGGUUUCAAAGUCAGAAGCUGGUUACUACUUUCUCCUUGAACUUGCAUCGGCAUUUGUGCUCUCGGCGGCUCAUAAUGUACUAUUUUUUGUAUUGGACAUUAAGCUCAUCGCCACAAGCUUCGCCCAGUUUUUCUUCACCUUCAUUUUUCUGAAACUGAUCCAUUUUGCAAAUUAUAUUCCACAGGCGCAUAUUCCCAAGAAGAUACUUCUCCCGGCAGCCGGUGCCAAACUACUCGAGGUUCUGAUUGCCUCUCUUGCUAACUCACACAACAGAACCGGAGAGCUGUUUCUUGUCAGAAGUUUCGAUUUCCUAUUUGCCGGAUGCAUUCUCUUCUACUACUCGACGCGUCAAAAUGGGAAGGGCUUGACUAAAACGGACUGUUGGAUGAUUGCUCCCCUUGCGAUCGCAGUGUCAAUAGCCUGGCUUGAACCUGGACAAAUGGAAUAUACGGGAGUUUCUUUGAUGUCCGCAUUUCUGCUCCCAAUUUCAAGAGCCCUCUCGUUCAUUUUACUAAAAAACUCGAUGGAUUGUUUAGGAAAAGGUCAUAUCAAUGCUUUUAUGCUGGAAUACACUCGAUUUGUUACUAUUCUACUCUUCCUACCGGCUCUUGUUUCGUAUUUAUUGAGCAGUGUGGAGGUCACUGCAAGCUGGGAGUCUAUCGAUUAUGUGCUUAUGUCUCUCUCCUUCAUAUUCAUGAUCUGCAAUCUCUACAGUCAUCUCUGGCUUACCUUAUCCCUAUCACCUAGUGUCUACUUGGUUUUAGAAAACUCCAGAAACCUAUUGGCAUCGUGUGCUCAAUGGAUUAUUCAAAAUAUGGCUCACCCGAGCCUAAUUGCAUUUGGCGGCAAAAUUGUCGGGUUUGCAGCAAUUUUCAGAAUCUGGACAAGAUCUUAAUUAAAUUGUUUUUGUUUUCGAAAAAGAGACCUGUUUGUCUAAUAAGAUGCGUUUCUCAAAAAAAAAA